AUGUUCGCUAAAAUUGCAGUUUUAUGCUCAGUGGUGGCGCUGUCGAGUGCAGGAUAUAUUCAUCAUGCACCAGCUAUAUCAUCUCAAAACAUUGUCCGUCAUGACAGCGUCCAUGAAACACCAGUCCAUUACGACGCCCCAGCAUAUCAUUCGUCUUCUGUAGUUCAUGGAGCACAAUCCUAUCAUGCUGUACCGGCUUAUCACGCUGCUCCAGCUGUUCAUUCCGCUCCAAUAGUGCAUGCUGCAGCCCAUUCCGAAGAACACUAUGUGGACGAAUUUGCUCACCCUAAAUAUGGGUACUCGUAUUCAGUAGAAGACCCACACACCGGUGACCACAAGUCCCAGCAUGAGACACGCGAUGGAGACGUGGUGAAGGGAGAGUACUCCUUCCUGCAACCUGAUGGUUCCUUCCGCAAAGUUACAUACACGGCUGAUCACCACAAUGGAUUCAACGCCGUAGUUCACAACACACCGCCGGUCAUCCAUCAUCAUUAG